AAUCAGCUGUUAGCCCCGCCUCCUGACAGCCUCCCUCAUCCGCUGUGACGCCGGAGCCACUUUAGCUAAUUAGCUCCGUGUUUGCCCGUAAACCUUCGACUCUACCGGGCUUCGAUUCACCGCAUUCACCGGCGUACAUGUAGCUGACCGCCGAUUCCAAUGGCGCACAACGGCCUCCAGCAGGGCGAUGCGACUGUCGGCGAGGACGCGACGCCCACGAAGCUGCCGCGCUCCAGCGCAGAGAUGCCCGGCGACCUCCGGGACGAGCCCGGCAGCGAGGCCGCCGGGGGGGCCGCCUCCGACCGCAGGACCUCCAACUCGACCGCGAGGCGUCGGAGCGACUCGGUGAAGAAAACAAGGCCGCCAUUCCCCUGGUUUGGGAUGGACAUCGGAGGCACUCUGGUGAAGCUGGUGUACUUCGAGCCCAAAGACAUCACAGCGGAGGAGGAGCAAGAGGAGGUGGAGAAUCUGAAGAGCAUCCGGCGUUACCUCACCUCCAACACCGCCUACGGGAAGACGGGCAUCAGGGACGUGCACCUGGAGCUGCAGGACCUCACGCUGUGCGGCAGGACGGGCAACCUGCACUUCAUCCGCUUCCCCACUCAUGACCUGCCGGCCUUCCUGCAGAUGGGCCGCAACAAGCACUUCUCCAGCCUCCACACCACGCUGUGCGCCACGGGAGGGGGGGCGUACAAGUUCGAGUCCGAUUUCCGCACGAUGGCGGACCUGCAGCUUCACAAGCUGGAUGAGCUGGACUGUUUAAUUCGGGGGGUGUUGUACAUCGACUCGGUGGUGUCCAGCGGCCCCUCUGAGUGCUACUACUUUGAAAACCCCACAGACCCAGAUCACUGCAUCCAGAGGCCCUACACACUGGAAAACCCUUAUCCACUGCUGCUAGUCAACAUCGGGUCCGGGGUCAGCAUCCUGGCCGUCUACUCGGAGAACAACUACAAACGAGUCACAGGGACCAGCCUCGGGGGUGGGACCUUCCUGGGCCUGUGCUGCCUCCUGACCGAGUGCUCUACUUUUGAGGAAGCCCUGGAAAUGGCUUCUGAGGGGGAGAGUACCCGUGUGGACAAGCUGGUUCGGGACAUUUAUGGAGGAGACUAUGAGAGGUUUGGACUGCCAGGCUGGGCUGUAGCCUCAAGUUUUGGCAAUAUGAUGUCCAAAGAGAAGAGGGAGUCGGUGUCCAAAGCGGAUCUGGCCAGAGCAACGCUGGUCACCAUCACCAAUAACAUCGGCUCCAUCACCAGGAUGUGUGCUCUCAAUGAGAACAUCGAGAGAGUGGUGUUUGUCGGGAACUUCCUCAGAGUCAACACCCUCUCUAUGAAGUUAUUGGCCUACGCUAUGGACUACUGGUCCAAAGGCCAGCUCAAAGCUCUCUUCCUGCGCCAUGAGGGUUACUUUGGAGCAGUCGGAGCCCUGUUGGAGCUUCUGCAUCCGUCCUAAUCCGUCCAAACUACAUCCAAAGAAGCACUUGUCAAUCUGCUGCAAAGACCGUUAGCACUUUAGGUCGUUCAGAAUCACUUCCAGGGUGAGAUGUUAGCCACGAGAGGGUUACUGGUAAAUUUUGGUUUUGGCAGACAAACUGUCAACAUUUGGACGCCCUGUUAAGUUCUCAGAAAUAAAACUGCCGACAAUGACUUCUAAAUUUUGACUCUGCUGUUGGGAUCAGUUUUCUCGCCCUGGUCAAGGUUGCAUGUAGCUAAGUUAGGUCAGUAUGUUGUUGUCGUUGCAGAAACGAGUUAAGUCUGUUCUGAAACAUCUCAAGGAAACUCACCACUGCUGCCUGAAAUAAUGUUUGUCAUUAUGUAGUGUUGUUUCUGGACUACAGUACCCCUCGCUGGGUGUCAGGUCGUGGGCCAUAUGUUUGCCAGUACUUUUUACCCUAUUAUGACAACUGUCAUUCGGUUAUAAUGUGAGAGUGUAUGGGUGUUACGGUGCAAAGAUAAUCAAGUCAAUGUCUUCACACUAGAAAAGCUUGGAUUGAAGCUAACCACAACAGGCACUAGUUCUAGUGACAGUUAUUCUCAUCAUUGAUUUAUCUUCAGAACUUUAUUUAUUAAUUGUUUGGUUUUUAUAUAAUGUCCAGAAAUAGUUGUAAAAAUAAUUUCAGAGCCAAAGAUGACUGCAUUUAAAAUGCUUGUUUUUGUUCUAACGCCCCAAAAUGAGUUUACUAUCAUUAAAGACAAAGACAAUCAGGAAAUCUUCAUAUUUAAGAAGCGCCAUCGUCAUGCCAAUUGAGUUUGGAUUAAUUGUUUCAUCAUAUCAACUUGGUUGAUUUGAAGAAUUGGCUUUGUUCAUAGUCCAUAUCUGACCCCAGACAUGUGAAUCUGCUGAAGUGCACUCGAGCCACUUAAAAAGUCAUAAAUCUGCACGGUUGACCUCAUUAACAUUAAAAAUGAGUCACUGAAUUUUCCCCAGAUUCAGGAAAAAUAUUAUUUUAAUUCAGAAUCUCGAUGCAUUCCUCCGAUGGAGAUUUUAAAUCCCUGCGUCUCCAAAUCAAUGUCUGUGUGUAGCAUGUUCAAUAUGUAUUUCAAUUCUGAUGUUUUGAAUUUAUUGUUGGUUUUGGACAAUCAAUCUUCCAGAAGCUUUUGUUUUAAAGUGGCACAUGACGUAGUUGGUGUCACCUGUUAGUUCAGUCACCGGUCCACGAUGGAUUACAGGGACCAUAAUGAAACUCUUACACAUCUUAUUUAAAGAAAGUGCCUGUUUUUCAUUUGUUGAGAAAUGUGAUUUUAACACGAGACACUGGUUUGUCAUUGUCAAGGUUUCUCUUUUUUUUCAGUUUAUACGCUGCAAAGAAAACUUUACUUUUACUGGACUUUUUGUCACAGAUUUUAAAUUUGUUUUUGAAGGUUCUAUUAAAUAUG